AUGUUGCUUUUUGGAGAUACAGUGUUUGUGUUGUGUCUGGGCUUAGCCAGUCUAUCAACGAUCAUGACUGAAAGAUGUGUUUAUAACGUCGGGGGCUGUGACUGUUUACCUGGUCAAGUCAAGUGUGUAAAUCUGGAGGAGAUCCCCCCGCUAUCAACGGGUACUGACGUCACAAACGUGUCAAGCGUGACAUUUAUCAUGGGAAGCUUCACAUCAGUGGAUAUACACAGCCUACCACCUGGCCUUGCGGAUCUGGAAUUUGCAUUUAUUCCUCUCAUGAACAUCUCGGAUGAUGCCUUUGACAAUUCAGCGAAAACCUUGACCCAUCUACAAAUCUCUUAUUGCUACAUGUCAUCUCUACCUAAAGCUUUACUCCGUUUGACCAGUCUGAGGACUUUGAGAAUUAGUGACACAAAUACCGAUGUCUGGGACACCGACAUACUUCAGCACAUCGCCAAAACUGUGACGGAUUUACAGCUGCAGGAUGUAGUUUUUCUGGAAUGGCCUGUAUGGUUCUCGUAUUUUCAAUCACUUACAACGGCAGCCCUAAGUUUGGAGCACUUUGACUCUCUUCCUGACGACGCCUUUAACUCUACUAGCAGCAUAGAGGAACUCAAGCUGACGGAAUGGAAUUUUACUCAUACUCCUGCUGCUCUGUCAACGCUGAAGAAUUUGACAGACCUCCAGAUAAGUGGAACCACAAGAAACAGCAUAGAUGGUACUCUGGGAAUGGAUAAACUAGCAUUGUUUCCCUUAGCGACCACGCUUCAGAAUCUCACUGUCUCUUACAUGGGGCUGACAGAAAUUCCCGACUUCUCAUACAUGACACAUCUGCUCAAGCUUGAACUACACAGAAACAACAUAUCAGUAUUUCCAGCUAAUAGAUUACCCUUGUCUUUAGAAUACUUAUCGCUUGCCUACAACUAUGUAACAUCGGUGACUGUAGAUUUUCCCCUUAUAAUAAAUCUCUUAUCCUUAACCUUAUCGGCAAAUAAAAUCAGCGAAGUUAAUUUUGAUAUGUUUCCGAAAAACCUUGUCUACCUAGAUUUACAAUCAAAUUCCAUAAAUAAAAUAACGGGUGGAAAUUCUACACAAUACCUGCAUUUAAAUACCCUAAUCUUGAAUUAUAAUCCAAUAAAGGAAAUUUCCCCUUCCGCAUUUAGAGAUUUGGUAAAUCUGACAAAACUUCAAAUGGACAAUACCGGUCUGACUUCAUUUCCUCUGGCACUCACAUCAUUAGAAAAGCUUAGCACCCUAUCGUUAGGAGAUAAUACGUUGUUAUGUUCUUCUCCACCUUCCCAUGAAAUCAUGGCAUGGUAUCAUGUAUAUGGCUCACACAUAUCUAUCUAUGCAAACUGUCCUAAUGUAGGCAGAAUAUCCCAGUACUUGACAUUUGGGUUGCCUACAACUACUUGUACUACAUGUACUUCUACAACCAUAUUAUCCAGCAAAGCGGCAGCUCUUGAAUCCUGCUUGCUGUAUGGAUACUUUUGUUUAUUUCUGUUUCUUUCAUCCAUGGUACAUUAA